AUGCUACGAGAGAUACUAGCUACCCCCUCGACCGGCUGUCCACGGGCAAAGGGCUCCUACAUCAAUAUGAGCAAUUCCACACUUCUACCGCUUCAGAUGCUCUUCACUCCUUGCGAGAUUCCAUCAACCUUCAACCCGAAAAUGCGCUCGGGGGGGUACUGGUAUUUCGAAUAUCCCAACUGGAGCUAUCUUGAUGGAAUGUACUCUCUGAUCCCGUUCCUCUUAUCCUAUACCGCUCGCUUCGAUGCCAAGAAUGAAUCCGUUUCCGACGAUAUUAUCCACCAACUUGAUCUUCUUUGGACUCACUGCUACCAGAACGAGUCCGGUCUGCUUGUCCACGGCUACGACGCGUCAAAGACUGCCUCGUGGGCGAAUCCAAUUACCGGGGCUAGUCCAAUUGUUUGGGACCGCUCUUUAGGAUGGUAUCUACUGGCCCUCGUGGAUAGCUUGGAACUUUCAUCGUCAUUCCCGCGUCGCCUAUAUGACUAUCUUCAGCGGAGAUUAAUUCAACUAGCCGAGUCCGUAGUCUCGGCCGCUGACUCGGAGACAGGAUGUUGGUGGCAAGUCAUGACUCUUCCCAGCAAGCAGGGGAAUUACAUCGAAUCUAGCGGGUCGGCAAUGUUUACGACCGCUUUAUUCAGAGCGGCUCGACUGGGCUAUCUGCCUGAAAAUCUUACUUCCGAAGCAAGGAACGCAGCAGAAAAAUGCUAUAGCCAUCUCCUUAACACCUUUGUGGUCAAGAAUGAGAAUGGGACCCUAGGUUAUAAUGGAACCGUCUCUGUUUGUAGCUUGAAUUCUUCGGCUUCUUAUGAGUAUUACGUCUCGCAACCUCUUCUUUACAACAGUAUUCAUGGGACGGCAGCCUUUGUGCAAGCGAGUCUAGAGCAGGAGAUGCUGAAUGACGCUGAAAACUCUUAG